AGAGUAACUGUGAGCUGCAGGGUCGAGGAGAGAGCAGCAGCAGCCCGUCUUUCUUAAUCUGUCGCCUCUCGGAUCUCCCUGAGCUGAGCACAGCUGUCGGGCUGCUGCUGCUGCUUGCUUACUACGGGUGGAUUCUGUGGUCCCGUACACAGCCCACUUUGCCGAACAGCUUCACGCAAAGUCUCCUCAUUUGCCUGCACGUGGUUGAAGGUUUGACGCACUGGACGUGAAACACCCAUGAUCCCCAGCCAGCACACCCUCUCACUAAGUGAGCCUCACCUGCCGAUCUUCCCCCUGGACUCUGACUGCCUUCCUCGACCCUCGACCCCCGCACUCGGACCUGGACUUCUGGACGCCUCUCUCCUGCCCCCACGGACCUCGCUUGGAUCACAAACCUCUUUUGCUUCGCCCCUCUGGACUUCUUUGCUGCCACAACCAACACGCACUUACAACAACUUCUGAUGGGAAAUGCCUCCGAAACGUAUCUGUUCGUGUCCAGAAUAUCAAAAGACAAUGACAUCCUCAUGGGAACACUGUAUACCAUUUUUGGUGUGUUGUCCUUGCUGGGAAACGGGAUCCUGCUGUUCGUGGCCUACAGAAAAAAGUCCUCCUUGAAGCCAGCAGAGUUCUUUGUGGUCAACUUGGCCAUCAGCGACCUGCUGAUGACCUUAUCCCUCUUCCCCUUUGCUGUGCCGUCAUCCUACACUCAUAAGUGGCUGUUUAAUAGGACAACCUGCACCGUUUACGCAUUCUGUGGUGUUUUGUUUGGCCUGUGUAGUCUGACUAACCUCACAGUGCUCUCCUCCGUCUGCUGGCUCAAAGUCUGCUGCCCAAACUAUGGCAACAAGUUCUCCUACUGUCACUCUUGCCUGCUGGUCGCAGGGAUCUGGUGCUAUGCCGCAGUGUUUGCCGUGGGGCCCCUGUCGGGCUGGGGAGAGUACGGGCCCGAGCCGUACGGUACAGCAUGCUGCAUCAACUGGCACGCCCCCAGCCAGAGCGCCUCAGCCAUGAGCUAUAUCGUCUGCCUCUUCUUCUUCUGCUACAUCGUGCCCUGCAUGGUCAUCUUUCUGUCCUACACGUUCAUCUUGUUGACCGUGAGGGGAUCCCGACAGGCUGUGCAACAGCACAUGUCCCCUCAGAACAAGAUCACUAAUGCACACGCACUUAUUAUUAAGCUCUCCGUGGCAGUUUGUAUCGGCUUCCUGACAGCAUGGAGUCCGUAUGCAAUAGUGUCCAUGUGGGCAGCAUUUGGUAAUCCCUCAACUGUGCCACCAAUGGCCUUCGCCCUGGCUGCUAUCUUCGCCAAAUCAUCAACCCUUUAUAAUCCUAUAGUCUAUCUGGUUUUCAAGCCCAACUUCCGCAAGUCCCUCUGUCGAGAUUUGGCCCUGUGCAGAAGGUCACUCUGCGGGUGUCUGUGUCAGUGCGACUCCACACAGAAGGGGACAUGCAGUCAAGCACAUCGCAAAGAAGAGUUCAACUCUACACGGUUGUCCAACGGGCUUCCAAAGAACCAAGGCACAUGCAGACACUGUCCUUGUGCCGAGACCUCUGCUACAAAGGACAACUGUAUCGACUACAGCCCUCGGCAUACUGCCAGGAUACUGAAAGGGUCGCAACAGAGUGAAGUGGCUGUCAGUCAGCUCUCCAAUGAGCAGCACAGUGACUUCCUCUAGAGUGAAUUUACAGCCUGCGAGAAGGAAAGCCAAUGGAUGACAGACAUUUUCCUGUAGAGCUGCAAAUGUGGCAAUGAGUGAAGAGUCAAUUUAUUGAUGGCAAGAACAUGUCAUAGGGGCGGCAUGGCGUAGUGGGUAGAGCGGCCGUGCCAGAAACCUGAGGGUUGCAGGUUCGCUCCCCGCCUCUUACCAUCCAAAUCAAUGCCGUUGUGUCCUUGGGCAGGACACUUCACCCUUGCCCCCAGUGCCGCUCACACUGGUGAUUGAAUGAUGAAUGAUGGGUGCUGGUCGGAGGGGCCAUAGGCGCAAACUGGCAGUUAGCUUCCGUCAGUCUACCCCAGGGCAGCUGUGGCUAUGAAAGUAGCUUACCACUACCAGGUGUGAAUGAAUGAUGGGUUCUCACUUGUCUGUGAAGCGCUUUGAGUGUCUAGAAAAGCGCUAUAUAAAUAUAAUCCAUUAUUAUUAUUAUAAGCAUAUCGGUGAAUAUCUUACACCUCAAAUAUGUGAUACUGCCAAAAACACAUGAGAACAAUAUCAUACAACAAUCAACAUGCAACCAGAUCAAUGGUAAAUCAGGUAAACAUGCAAGUAUGAUCGGAUAAACUCUAAGGGGGACUUUGUAUGAACUAUCUUUAAUGUAUUUAUUAUGAAUACAGUGUUGGUUUUAUAUAUUUAUUGAUGCAUGCCUCAAAGUGGAGGACCACAUUGUUUUCAUUAUUUAAAUAGAAAAUAUUAAUUGUUGCUGCAUUGGUUUCAAUAGGUUUCACCACCUAGUAAUUUGAGGGAAAGAAAGAAGCACCAUGGGUGUUAAUGGUAUUGUGAAUAAUCUAUCUCUAUGACACGUGAGUUCUGUUCUCUGUGUACUCAAUAGGAAGACCUCAGGACAAAAAAAUAUUUACAAUAAGAUUCAUGUCUCAAAAAUGUACAUCUUUAUAUAAGCUACAUGUCUUGAAUUGUACAAAAGAUGCAUUGCACUGUGACUACAAGUAGUUAAAUAGUAAUGGAUGAUUAAGUGUUUGGGUUUUCUUGGAAGAAUAACAAAGGCACAGAGUAUGAAAAUCUUAGUAAUAUUUCUUCCAGAAACUUAUCACUGUGUGUCCUUUAUAAAUGAAAUUGUGAAGGUAUGUUAAAUGUUGAUUUAAUGUGUCCAUAAAACAAAGAGCUGGCUCUUUUCUGAGAACUUGAAUGACUAGUGAUAUACCUGGUUAUCAAACAAUCCCACAAAAUUGAGACAGAACAAGUGAGCAGGUGCUGAUACAUCUACAAUCUUAAUGUUUAUUCUUUAAGUGAUUUUUUUUAAGUCUGAAUGGAACUGAAUGAAGUGUAGACAUUUACAGAACUUUCACAACAUAUAUUGAACUAAAAAAAUAGUAAAAAUCCUGUUUUUUGUUGAAGUAAUUUUCUUUGAUGGUCCUAGAUCUGUUGAAAAUGAAUUACUUCAUAGGAAUGUGUGUGUGUGUGUGCGUGUGUGCGUGCGUGCGUGCGUGCGUGCGUGCGUGCGUGCGUGCGUGUGUGUGUGUUUGUGCGUGUGUGAGAGAGAGAGGGAUAAACCGAUAUGAGGGGCCGUUAAAGACAUUAUUCAGAAUUACCUCUUACAUACACUACUGAAAUGCUCUCACAUAAACAAAUGGAAUGUUUUUCCCUCACACACACUACUGAAACACUCUUAUACACACUAUUGAAAC